AUGGGGGUAAGAAACGUUUCUCAGACUCAGCAACUUUGCAACUUAUGUGGUGGAGACCAUAUCAAUGGUCAAUGUGCUUUCCCCGAGGAGUUGCAACAUGAUGUUAACUACAUGGGAGCCCAAUUUCCAUACAACCAAGGUAGAACCAGCCAAGGAUGGAAAAAUCACGCCAGUGUUGGGCAACAUCAGAACAAUUCUUUUGGACCGGUAGGAGGUUUUCGUCACCAACAACCAUCACCUUUAUGGCAACAAGUGAGCAGCUUGACAGAGACAGUAAGAGACCUCAGUGACCGAUUUGAUAAAUUCUUCAAAGUCUAUGAGUCUCAGCUAAAUAGUAAUCAAGCUAGCUUCAAGUCAUUGGAAACACAGAUUGGGCAACUGUCAAAAAGGAUAGAAACCACCGAGAAGAAUCAGUUUAGGGCUAAUACUGAUGUUAACCCUAAGGAUGAGUGCAAAGUUAUUCUGACAAGCCAUAAAAGGAAGGCAGACUGGGAGCCAAGUGAUUUUGAAAACAAUGAAAAAGGAGAUGAGGAGAUGAUGGAUGUUAAUGAAGUCAAUGAGAAAGGAAGCAGUGAAAAUGCAAUUGAAUUCACUAAAGAAGAAGAGGAGUUUGUAGUUCAACCUCAAAAGAUGAAGCAUCCGCCUAAGGUAGAAGAUCCAAGAUGUUUAACAAUUUCAUGUGUUCUGAAUGAGUGUGAUGUAGUGGAAGCCAUGAUAGAUUCUGAAGCUAGCAUUAAUAUGUUACCCAAGCAUUUCUUAACAAAGUUCAGAGGAUUAGUGCUGAAACCAUCCAGUGUUAUUGUGACGAUAGCAGAUGGAUCCAUGGCAAAACCAAUCGGUAUGGUGGAGGAUGUUAUUGUACGAGUGGAGCUGCUUGAGUUCUUAGUUGAUUUCAUUGUUAUGGAUGUGGAAAAUGAUGAAGAGAUUCCUAUGAUUUUGGGAAGACCUUUCAUGGUACCUGUGAAUCAAGAAAGAAGAUCCAUCCAGUCCGAACUAAAGGAAGACCCAUUCCAACCAGGAAUUUAA